CUCCUCUUUCCCAUCCUCCAUUAGCCAUCUCGAUCUUUCUAGCGUUAAGAAAGAUGAAGGCAUCCUUCCUCUUCUUGUGCGUUGUGCUGUUUGGCCUCCUCAGCCAGGCUCCGACCGCCAUGGCGGUGACGUGCAACCCUUCCGAGCUGAGCCCGUGCGCUGGCGCGAUCUUGGGCUCCUCUCCGCCGACCUCCGCUUGCUGUGCUAAGCUCAAGGCGCAGCAGCCGUGCUUCUGCCAGUAUGCGAAGAAUCCAAGUUUGAAAGGCUACAUCAACUCUCCCAACAGCCGGAAAGUGCUUGCUGCCUGCGGUGUAUCGACUCCUAGCUGUUGAUCUGGUCAACCUUUCUCGCUCUCUCAGGCGAGUUAGAUGAGAGAAUUGAGAGAACCUUAUCUAUAUAUAUGUUUCCAAACUAUAAGGUGACGGAGUGUUUGUUGGUUAUCAGUGUUGGUUUUUAAGUGUCGGAGGCCUCGCCUCCUCUCUGUUCCAUGUGGUGUUGGUGAGGAGGGCUUGCGCCUUGUCUCUAAUAAAGUACUAUCUUAAAUAAUUGGACAACUGAGGUUGCUCUUGAGAA